AAAAGAACGUGCUUAUAUUCCAGAGUUGUAUGACUGACAACAUCACCCUGCACCUUUCCUCCUUCUUUAAACCCGCCUCCCCGCAGCAGGAAUCCGACGUGAGCUUCAUGCAUGAACAGCGUCACAGGGCGUCAACCAUGUGGACCACCCUUUCGAUACUACUGCAGCCACCCGCAAGCCCUUCCCGUCCAAACUGCUACUGGGCAGAUGAUCAAAGUCUCUUUUCCAAGACUCAUGAACUCUCCCGAGGCAAACCCAAAUCCGUUCAAAAAAACAAAACCGAUGUUUGCCGUCUGAACCUGAUGCUGUCCAUUCCUUGAGCAACACCAAAAACCCCAUAUGUAUACCGACAUAGUUCCCAAUCUCACAUAUCCACGUAGCUGGUCUCAGCUGUGGGACAUGAUUACUCCAAGAUGGGCAAACCGCCGAUACGGGACCUCUCACGGCAGGUCCGACCUGAAGAAUAACCCAACCUACUUUGGUUGUUCAACAGGCACCGCACCAAAGCAGAGAAACUGAAAAGCACUACCAUGCCCUUGACUAGCAAAAAUGCCGAACAACACAUUUCGGUGCUAGCAGCAUGCUGUGUCGAGGUGUACAAGCCCAGGGUUCCGCCUGGUGCUGUGACGUGCAGUGCUGUUGUGACCGAGGAUGUUCCAACCCGAAGCCACCCGAAGCUCGCCCAUCUAACCAUUGUUCCUGAGCUUUGCCAACGCAGCAGCAAUCCCCUCACUGAGCUCAGGCUCCUUCCUCUUCGCAGCGGGAGCCGGAGCCGGCGCCGGAGCAGAAAUCGAACUCCCCGCAGCCUGACUCACCCCUUGCUGCCCCCGCUCCCCCCCCUCAACCACCCUCAUAGCCUCCUCCCCCUCCUCAUCCUCAUCCUCAUCCUCAUCACUCCCAAACCUCACCUCCCCCACCACCUCCAAGCUCUUCCCCACCCUCCUCACCGCCCCCCACUCGUCUUCCUCACCCCUCCCCCCCUCCCCCCCCUCACCCCUUGCGUCCCCUUCCAGCACCACCACCACUCGGCACCCCCCGAUAGAAACCGCCCCCUCAACACCCCCUUUCCCCCCUCCCUCUUCCUCCCCUGAACGGGCCUCCACCGCCCUCCUCCAAGCCUUAACCUUCCUCUCCCCCCCCCCCCCACAGUCCCCAACGUCUCCCCAUCAGCAUUAACCGCUCCCCUCAAACUCCCAAACGUCCCCACCAGCGCCACCGCAUCCGCCUUGUUCACCACCCUCGGCACGGUCACAAACUCAACCAAACUCUCCGCAUACCCCGUCGCCUGCUGCCCCUUUAUCCCCGCCGCGCUUGCAUGCUCAUAGCUUUUAUACAGCUCGAGAUACCGCCCCGCCUCGGCCGCCGACCAACAUAAAAUAACAGUGACGUUAUUCACAAGGGAAGUCUUGGAGAGCUCGCGGAGGGAGUCCUCGUGGUUGGGAAUGUCGACAAGCACCAACAAGAUCCGGAGGAGGAACCUUUGUUGGAGGAGGCGGAUGCGGGUGUAGAUGUAUUCUGGGUGGAGGCGGUGGUAUUUAAGGCUCAGGAAAAGGGCGCAGGUGGUCGCCCCGAGGGCAUAGUCGGCUGGUAUGUCUGAGUACUCCCACGGUAUGGACUUUAUGCAGGCUAGCACUGGGUUUCCUUUUUGCCGCGGGGAUACGAGGAUUGAAGACCCCGAGCCGCUGGCUCGGGAGGGGAGGGGUUGGGGGGUUGGUUGGACUAUUUUUGGGGGACCUGACGCGGUGGAGGCGUGCCGCUGCGGUGGUGGUGGUUUUUCUACUCGCUGGGGGGUGGGUUGUUGGAUUUUGGGUGGGAGAAAGGCGGGCGGGCCCGGGGGUCGCUGUUGUUGCGGUGGCGAUGGUAGUGGUGGUGGUGGUAGUGGUUGUUUGUUGGUUUUGUUGUUAUUCAAAGAAGUGAUGGCAUCGGCUGAGGAAGCCAGGGCAUCCAAAAACUCGGCGUCGGCGCCAAAAUCGUCGUCCAUUUUUGUGGUGGUGGUGGUGGUUGGUGGUGUUCUCUCUGUCUGGCGAUGGACGAUGGCUUCGUUCGUUCAGUGACGCGCCAGGUGGGGCUUGGAAAGCCGCGCUGACACGUGCCAAGGAUCGGGGCUUCGGCAGUUGGCCGAGCGAGAGUGGAGACGACGUCACAGCAGUCGCUAAAAGCGGGGGUUGAAGGUGCGGGGGCCAUGAGAAUCAUCACCAGUGUCACUCUCGAGAUAUUGAAGGGCAGUUGAUAUCCUAGCAGAAUAUUUGUGCUUGUGAUGUGAUAAAAACAUGCCCAAAACGCCUCGAUAUCCAACCAUUCCCAGGGCAUCACUUUCCAGUUCUAAUCCAGGUCCUCCGUCUCAAAGCUCCUCCCCAUAAUCGCUCUCGCUAUAUCGAUCACCCCCCGUCAAAUUAUCAUGUAUCGAAUACAACGCCCUCAACCAAAAGUUCAACAUGCCCUCCAACGCACCAUACUCCUCGCACCCCAGCCCAGCACUCCCCAACUGAUCCCUCAGCCGUUCAUAAGCCUCAAUCAUAACCCAAACCUGCAGCGCCGACGUCUCCGAAUGCGUCCUGCUAGGCCGACUUGCCAGCGCAGAAGCCAGAUCCCUCGUAAGCAAAUCCAGACAUAUCUGCAGACUCAGAUUAUCAGGCGCCGGCGAAUUUGCGAUGCUGCCUGGCGGUGGUCGGGGUGAUGGUUCCGGGGAGAAGGACACAGGCUUAAAGUACACCGUCUCCUCCUCGAAGCUCACCAGCGUCCCAUCGUCUGAUAUCGGUGAGCUAGAAGCCGUAUCCACCGGGCGGGGGGCUCUCGAUUCAUCCCGCAAAUGGUCUGAACUUUGUCGGCGUCGGAUGGAUAACCGCCUUUCUUGGCGGGAUGGAGGCGGUUCUGAAUGGGAUUCGGAAUGUGACGCCUCACGAGCUGCGUUGUCUGAUUCCAAAAGAGCCCGGUAUUGUUCUGCGAUGAGUUCAAUGGUCGAUGCCCUGGCCAGCGCGUUGCUUGGUCUGGGAAUGCCCUCCAGCUGUCCUAUUGAGAAUAUGGGUGUCUUGGCUCGCCGUCUCAUGGCCGUCCUGGGACUUGCUGGGGCUUCCGAGUUGGAGCACAUUGACAUUCGCUUCUGGGCGUCACUGUCGCUGAUGACGAGGUGCGAAAGUUCGGGAACAAUCUGGCCUUCAUGUAGGGUAUCUAGUGAUUCUGCUGGCUGCAAGGCCUUCGAGGGCUCUGAGAGCGAGGGUUUUGAAGCCUUCGGGGACUGUGAGGGCUUCGAAGACUCCAAAGACACCGAAGUCUGCGAUGUCUGCGCGGGUUUCACGGAUUCAUCCUGUGGAUAAAAGCAUCCCCCAUUCUUGAAGAACUCUGACCAUUUUGGAUCGCUCAGGUCGGGAGAUGGCAACGACAAGACAGGCGGCUUGUCUGCGGUUUCGGAUUGAUCAUUCUUGGUGGAUGCUGAGCUCGAGAAGCCGAGCCGCCAGGAAACGGUGCUUCGUUGUUUUGACACGGUCUUUCUGAGCUUCUUUCUGAGUUUCGGCCCGGUAUGUCCUCUGGCGGGUGAGGCGACCAACAAACCGCCCUUGAGUUGCUCCAUUGCUGAUCAAAAGGAAUUUCCAGUUUUAGGCAGUAGAAAACGUGAACAAUGCGGGUUGAUAUCAAGGUAAGUGUGUGAGAGACACGGGUAGAACUUCCAGAAUGACGGGUCAAGAUGAAGGCUCAUCUAUGACUUAUAAACUUGGACGGGAGUGUGGUAGGAUUCGCAUAUGACGUCCGCACCAGCCCGGGGUCCAGCCCACCGACCCACCCAUCAAGUGGUCUACUCGGGACUUGGGGCCCGAUCUGGAUUCUUGGAACACUGGACGAGCAGCCAACACCAAAACAGGAUGCAGGCAUAGUCCCUGCAAAUCAUCAUGAGAUUGAAUCGUGGAAUUAUUCCUGUUGGACCCCCAGAGCGUCUGAGAAAAAGCCAAGACCCGCAUCAUGGGCAGGUGGCCCUGCCGCUGGGGGAGCGAUCAUGGUAGAAGAGUAGCCUGCACACAAAGUCCAGGGUUGGUGAGUCCAAGAACAGCCUGUCUCGAGUAUGUUGAUGGUGGCGGGACUCCAUCAUCCGUCAGCGGGAGGGGUGUGCUCUGCACAAGGGCGUCCACUUGACCGCUGCAGACUGUCGGCCGAGAUCUUAAUAAAGUUUCCUUUCUGAGCCUUAUAGGGCGGGACGCGACCUUUCAACCCGCAGUGGAAGGGAGGGGGGGGGUGGAUGCGUAGAUGGAUGGUGGCAGGAAACGUUAGAGCCAUCCAUAUAUGGUCUCGCGAGAAGCUAGGGAUCUGAGUCGAGGAAAAUGGCACCGCCGAUGUUUUCUGCCGUCCACGAGACACUUUCUGAAAAAGGGGACGAGGGCUGGGGAACCCAUCGGAAUAUAUCGUUAGAUCUUUGAAGAGGAAUGUCUUCUGGAAGCCUUCAGUUCUUCUUCGGGUCUCAGGGUUCUAUUCACUUUAACACUGCAGGGCUCAAAAUGCGGGGAAAGAGAAACCUCUUGAUGGAAAACAAUGGUUGGAGCCACUGCCGGCCAUUUGCUGAAACGCGGAGUGCAUGCAUGUAUUUUACCAAACUUGGGAUCUCAAGGGCUGGUGAUGGAUAGCUUGUUGUUGACCAUAACCCUACGACUACACUUGUGCAAUGUCGCUCAAGGGGCUGACGAAGGAAGAAAGAGACCGAUUCGGUGCCGGGCAUCCCGUAACCACAAGGAAUAUUCCGAUGUCUCGCCCGGCGGUGACGUCUUGUACCGCUUGUGGAUUUCUGUCAGCACCUUACUGACCGCAAGUCUCAAGACCGACCCCGGAGUUCCCGAUAAUCAGCUUUACGCUUCAACAUCCGACUCGAAUUCCUAGACAUCAGACUGUUUUCAACACCAACCCAAGGAAAACACAUAACCCCGCCCCUGCCAAAAGGCUGGCCACCGGGACCAGCUGAAGGCCAGCCGCAUACCGGGCACCCUUACCUCCGAAAGUCCGACCCGCCGCCGCCGGGAGCUCACACCCUUUGGCGCCUGUCACCCUUAGCUCAUGCUUGACAAACUUCUUUAUUCGUUAUUCCAACAGCUUCGCAACGGUCAACAGACACGAUGGCGAGCGGCAUCAAAUCACUCAUCAACAGCGCCAAGGCCCUCUACAUAGGCAACUCGGGCAGCAAGGCCGAGCUCCCGGACCUUUUUCCCGUCGUAGACAAGGAGAUCGACGGCGAGGAUUGCGACCGCGACUGCAGCAAUUGCGUUGUUCAGUACCCAAAAUCAUUCAAGAUUGACGAAACCGAUGCGCUCUACGGCUUUGUGAAAGGAUGGAGCACGCAUGUUCUGGUUGCGACGGGCAAAUCAGACUGGGUGCGCGAUGUUGCGGAUGAAAAGGGGAGCAUCAUGCAGGCCAUCUCGCAUGCCAAAGCUCCCAGCAAUGGUCGCCUCAUGGUCUCUGCCUCCAACAUUCCCACACCGCAUCGGACCACCUCGUACUCUGAACCGACGACCGUCCUCGUACUGCCUGCCUUCGCCGUCGUCGAAAACGUCACACCUGCUACUGUGCCUACAUUGGUGUCCAUAAUCAACGAUUCACCUACCAACACCUCGCCACUCGAGCCAAUUUCCAUCCCCCCAUCCAUGACAGCCCAUCUUCCAGAACCAACGCCUGCCAUGCUGAAGGACAUCACAACACGGCCGUCACCACAUCGCGCUCUUAUCCUGCUCUGCUCUCAAAAGACCCGCGAUGCACGCUGCGGCCAGAGCGCGCCUCUUCUCCGAAAAGAAUUCCAGAGGCACCUAGCACCACUAGGUCUCUACCGCGAUUUAGACGAUGAACGACCAGGGGGCGUGGGCAUCUAUUUUAUCAGUCACGUCGGAGGACACAAGUACAGCGCCAAUGUGAUGAUUUAUCGGAGGCCAGACGCAUUCGGUUUGGACGAGGUGGAGUUGGGCAAGCUGACCGAGGAGGAGAGGCAGCGUGUGGUGCCAAUCAAGCCACAGGAGGGCGAGGACGACUUGGGCGCAGCGCAAUGCAUCUGGCUGGCGAGAGUGAAGCCAGAAGACUGCGAAGGCAUCGUCAAAUUUACGGUUUUGCAGGGCAAGGUGGUGAAACCACAAAGCCAGUUGCGAGGAGGGUUCGAUAGAGGAAGAGGGUUGAUGAGUUGGUAG